AUGCCACACUUUCGCGUUAUCUCGCACGAAAUUCGCGCUCAAAAUAUUCGAGAACGCCCUGGAGCCGUGAAAGCAAGUCAUGAACGAGAGCUUCGGCUUGCUGUCAAGCAAUAUGUUCCGCAUGGGAACCCCUUUGCAGGAGAUGGGGAUAGUACAAUUAUUGGCGCUCAAGCAAAUGGCUUUCCAAAGGUUGAACUAUACGAGCCUCUUUGGGAUGAUAUCCAUCAGCGACUUCUUGGUCAAAAUCGACGCAUUCGAUCAAUAUGGAUUGCAGAUGUUGUUCAACAAGGCCAAAGUGCUGUCCUGAAUGAAGAGAUCCUGGGAGACGAUCCCAGCUGGUUUGAUCAUGGCCGAGACUUGCUCUUCUUGAUAAAUCAGCUUCAGGACCACAUUACUCAGCCUAUGUUUGGAGUUGGCCACAGCAUGGAUGGAAUGCAGCUGUAA